AUGACAUUGUCAGUCCUCUCUAUACCGCCGGCAGAGGUGUAUCCUCCAGCAUCCAAAACAAAAGCUAAGGCUUCGGCAACUGCGGUAUUGGUCGAGAAUGUGCCCCGCCCAAUGCAGCAAGAAACAACACUCUACACCGUUGACGACCUGCUGCGAGCAAGAGCCUCGGGAGAGACGGCACAUCAGCCUAUAGUGGCCUACCCGUCGUCAGGAAUCGAUUAUGUCUAUUACACCCCAUACCAGUUGCAUGCCUUGGUCGAAGCCACAGCCAUUCACUAUGCGAAGAAUGUCCCUCCACGUCGCUCAUCCGCCGAUGCCGUGCAGGUUGUAGGGCUGCUGGGUCUGUCGGAUUUUGAAUAUUUGAUCACAUUGUUGGCCAUUUCCCGCCUGGGCCAUACUGUCCUACUCCUCUCGACGCGGAUUACAGAAGAGGCUCAUGUCAGUCUGCUGCAGAACACACGAGCCACGUUUAUCAUCACCUCGUCCAGCUUCGCUGCCGUGGGCAAAAAGGUCGCAGUUCAGACCGGCGUCUCUCAGCUUUCAAUGGCGUCCCUACCGUCCGUCAACAUAGCGGAAACUUCAAAGGCCCGUUUACCAGCGGCCGAUCUCCAUGGUCCCACGGAGAACAAUCAUUGCGCUUGGAUCAUCCAUUCCAGUGGCUCGACCGGGCUUCCCAAACCCAUCUACCAGACGCAUUCGAGUGCGCUGACCAACUUUGCCAAUAACUUUGGGCUCCGAGGCUACAUUACCUUGCCCCUGUUCCAUGGUCACGGUAUCAGCUGUCUGUUCCGAGCCAUACACUCCAACAAGUUGAUCUACAUGUAUAGCGCCAGCCUGCCACUGACCGCCUCGACGCUACUCAACACGCUGAAUGACCACCAGGAAAUCCAGAUCCUUUACGCCGUGCCCUAUGCGUUGAAGCUUCUUUCCGAGACCGACGAGGGCCUGAAACGCUUGGCCUGCCUGGAGCUGGUCAUGUUCGGCGGAUCGGCCUGUCCCAAACCGAUUGGCGACGCUCUCGUCCAGAAUGGGGUGCGUCUCGUCUCGCACUAUGGCACGACCGAGGUUGGUCAGCUCAUGACUUCAUUCCGGCCCCGGUCCGAUCUGGACUGGGACUACGUCAGAGCCGGUCCCAACUUGCUGCCAUAUCUUCGCUGGGAGGAGCAGUCGGGCAUGCCGGGGAUUUAUGAGCUCUGUGUCCUUGACGGGUGGCCUUCCAAGGUGGCCAGUAACCGACCAGACGGAUCAUAUGCCACCAAGGACUUGUUUCAGAAGCAUCCGACCACGCCAAAUGCAUGGCGAUACUAUGCACGGUCGGACGAUACCCUGGUGCUGGAAAAUGGGGAGAAAGCCAAUCCCUUGGUGAUCGAAGGGGUGGCGCGCAAGAACGCCAACGUCGCCGAGGCCGUUGCCUUUGGGAGCACCAAGCCUCGCGUCGGUCUCUUCGUGAUCCCGUCGGAAAAGUGCCGGUUCGAGACGGAUCAAGAGCUCAUCGAAGCCCUCUUCCCGGACAUCGAGGCCUGCAAUGCCCAGUUGCCCGCCUACGCCCAUGUGUCCAGGGACAUGGCCUUUGUCUUGCCCAAGGACACGGAGUACCGACGGACAGACAAGGGGACGCUGAUCCGGCAUGCCUUUUACAAAGACUUCGCCAACAAAAUCAACGAGGUCUAUGAUGAUCGAGCAGGAAAAGGCGAUCGACGGCUGGAGGGUGAAGAGCUGAUCCAGUUCCUCCGAGAGACUCUCAUAGAGAUUGUCCCGUUUCUGCACUCUUCCGACAUUGACAUUGGACCUACCAGCGAUCUCUUUAGCUUGGGCAUCGACAGCUUGCAUUCCAUGCGCCUUGGAACGGCCAUCAUGGAUACUCUGGAUCUGGGCGGCCAGAAGCUCGGCCAGAAUUUCGUGUUUGAACAUCCAUCCCUUCAGGCCAUGGCAGACGCAAUCACCAAUCUGCGCCGGGGAAAGGCAGCGAAAGAGCAAGUCUCGGCGGAAGAACGGAUGCAACGUCUGAUCGUCAAGUACGGCACGGGGUUCAAGACGCAUGUCCCUGUUCCACGGCGUGGAGACGACGAGGCUACCAUUGUGCUGACCGGCGCCACCGGAUCUUUGGGCGCCCACAUUGCGGUGCAACUGGCACAGCUGGACCAGGUCCGCAAGGUGUAUUGUCUUGUCAGAGCCAAGUCGUUGGCGUCGGCCCGUCGACGAGUUGCUCAGAGUCUCCGUCAGCGCAUGGUGUCUUUCAAUCUGUCUUCUGCGGCAGGAAGAAAGAUCGUUGCGCUGCCUUCGGACCUGUCCAAUUCCGUCAAUCUGGGGCUCGAGGAAGACACGUUUUCGCAGCUGAAGAAGUCGGUCACGGCCGUCAUCCAUUGUGCCUGGUCGGUCAAUUUUAACUGGUCUUUGGAGAGUUUCGAGAAGAGCUGUAUCGCCGCAACACGCAACUUGCUAGAUCUGUGCCUAAGUGUUGAAGGUCCGAACCCGGCUUCCUUUGCCUUCUGCUCCUCCGUCAGUACAGUCUCGCGGACUCCUGGAAAUUGGGCGCGUGAGGCCCUGCCCGAAUCUCUCAGCCACGCUCACAACAUCGGGUAUGCCCAGUCCAAACUGGUGACGGAGAAUAUUGUGGUUCGCGCCGCCCAGGAGACGGGCAUGGCGGCCCGGGUCUUAAGAUCGGGACAGAUCGUGGCAGAUACCACUCACGGGAUCUGGAACGCCAGCGAUGCCAUGCCAAUGAUUCUCCAGUGUGCAAAGACCAUCAAGGCGCUGCCUCGGCUAGACGACAUCCUAUCCUGGACACCGGUGGACGUGAUGGCCGCCAGCUUUGUCGAACUCAGUCUGGCUCCGGUGGUGGACUCUCCCGUCUUGAAUGUGACGAAUGCCACGCUGAACCACUGGACCCAAGACCUCCUCCCGCUCCUGCGUGAAGCGGGUCUGGAGUUCGAAGAGCUCCCCAAGCAGGCCUGGGUGCGCCGACUCCGCGAAUCCAACCAAGAUCCCGAGGCCAACCCGCCCGUCAAACUGUUGGAAUUCUUCACUCAGAAGUACGACCACGACCACCCAAGCCGCACUCUGCUCUACGAAACAAAGAGCGCCCGCACCGCCUCGCCCUCCCUCGCCAACGCACGAGGUCUGAACAGGGACUUCACGUCCAGGUUCGUCAAAUACUUCGUUUCACAGUGUUGGACCCAAGACCGAGAAUCAACUCUAUCGUCACUUCAAGUCAGAGCUCUUCCCCGCGAAGUCAUCUUCCUGGUCGGCGCCUGCAAAAGCACCGCUAUAGCGGCACAGGCGCUCUUUUCGCGACUGGACAUUCCCACCAUCGAAGGCGACGCUCUGUACUGCUCUGCCUCGGCGGACGACAAGCUCCCGCUGGAGGACUCGGAUCGCCGAGAAUGGCUCGCCCAUGUUCGGGGAGCAGUGAUGCAGCGAUUAUUAGAUUCACCCACGCCAGCGGUGGCUGUGACAUGCGAGGCGUUGCGCCUAGCUGACCGGGACGAACUGCGUCGGCUUGGACAAUGGCUACACGUUCCCGUCACCGUGACUUGGUUGUUGCUAGACAGUAACAAGCAGGAUAAAGCACUUUUGACUGGAGGGUUGGCGGUUGAUGAGAAUGAUGUUAUUGUGGUUGACUCUAAUCAGGAGAAGGAAAAGAUGGUGAAUAUUGUGGUGGAGACUGUACAGAGUCAGAUUUUAAAUGCUUAG